AUGGCAUCACGCUUUCUCCUGGCGCGUUAUGGCCCCUUGACAGCAGUCCGGCAUCUCUACAGUCUGAGUCAUCAUAGCCAGUUAUCGCAUAGAGCGAGCGCCCAGGAGCAAGAUGAAAUAAUAUCUGAAAUAUUGCGGGAGCUUUGUGAGGCAGGGGCGGAGCUCGCGCUCCAUGAUGCGUUGCUGCUGAUGCAAGCAGCCCGUGCUGGACACAUAAGCGUGGUUUCCGAGCUGAUUCGGGUAGCAAAGCCCAGCACGUUUGCUCUCUCACGUGCACUCACUGCUGCCUCCGAAACCGGCCGCCGCGAAGUCGUACGGGCCCUCCUCGCGGCUGGCGCGCCGGCGGCGGCAUACCAGAGCGCCGCGCUGUCAGCCGCGGUGGCCCACGGCGACCCCGAAGUGGUCUACGUGCUCUGUGCCACCGGCGCUGACCCGGCGGCCGACCAUAGCCGCGCUCUGCGGCGUGCCGUACAGCUCGGCCACAUUGAAGCAGCUAGGACACUGCUCCAGUACGGCGCUGAUGUACGAGUCAUGUGCAGUGCCGUGCUCCUUCACGCCUGCCAGCUUCCCGUCUUCGUCAGUACGGCAGCCAGGGCCGCCACGGAGCCGCGGGUGCCGGGGUGUGGCGGCGGCGCCCUGCUGUACCCCUCCGCUGCCGCCGCCGCAGCCGCCAGCCCCUGCUGUGCUGGCGGCUCCGACGGCGACUCCGACAGCCAAAAGACGUGCAACGAUGUCGAGAGGCAGUCGUUAGAGCUCGUGCAGCUGCUGCUCCGUGCGGGCGCGGAUGUCCGGUGGCACGGUCGGCCUGCCUUGGAGGCGGCGGCGUCCAGGGGCUACAGAACCCUGGUCGGGGUGCUGCUGGCGGCGGGGGCUGAUCCGGCGGCGUGCAACAGCUCAGCGUUGGUGGCGGCGAGCAUUCAGGGCCAUGUGGACGUCGUUGACAUGUUGCUCGAAUCUGGAGCUGACCCGUGGGACGUUACCGACUUUGCAAUACGCACUGCCAGCGAGCGCGGCCACGCGUCCGUGCUGCGCACCCUUCGCCUGGCGCAGCUGGCCACCACCAGCAGCAGCGUCCCCACCGGCGAGGACUUUAGUGGGCUCCAGGGCUCCAGUGGCGGCGGACUCGGCGACGGCAGCCACACGCCGCCUACGUUGGUGGCGCCCGCGUGUAGAUGGUCGGUGUCGCCGCCGUUCGCCUCGGCGGCCGGCGGCCGCUGGUCGGCCUGUUUGCCUGUUGUCGCCACGCCCUCCACGGGUGCGGCGGGGGCUGUGCUGGGUACGACGGAGGGGGAGACCCUGGGCGCCGUCUUGCGUCGUACAUGUAUGUAUGAGAGCCCGCCGUGCGGGUUUGACAGAUAG